AUGUACGCGUCCAAGUUCAGCUUCAAAGGCGCACAAACGCGGUUCAACCUGCUGCUGCUCGAAGACGGCGAGUUCUUCCUCGAUGAUUUUAGUGUCUAUCGGUUCUUGGACCCUAACCCGGAUACACAUCGGAAGGUGCAGGGGCGGCUCAAGUUGUGCACGCGCGGCUUUUUCUUCGAGCCUCAGGACACGAAUGUACCCAUUUUGAGGUUUUUCUUCCGCGAUAUGCGCGACAUGCCCGUCGCCGAGCUCCACGACCAUCCAGAAGCAGACGACUGUGCUAUUUUUCUGGCGUUCAAGGUGUCGUCAGUACUGCAGAUGAAGGAACGAGGCGUGGACCACCCGUACGUGCAGAAAGAGACUGGCACGAGUGCUGGCGUGCCCGAGAAGUACAUGUUCUCGCUACUGCAUUCCACGAUCAAGGAGCUGUUGAAAAGUGUGGCACCCAUUUGGCAACUUGCGCACAAGGACAGUGUGAUGAACAAGGUGGACGAAGAAGUGCUGCUCGAGCCGGUGUUGCGGCCACGUCAGACGGAUCAGUUUGAUUCGAGUUUGUUGGUCGAUUUUCGAGAACGACCGUUGCAGACAGAGGGAAAGUUGGUGGACCGUAUUGUGCCGCUGCUCAAGUACCCGGGCUGUCUCAUGCUAACGAACCAACGACUGUAUUUCCAGCCAGCACAAGUGAACAAUGUAGGCGAUCCUGUGCUCAAUUGGGCGUACAACACGAUCGAGUACUUGUACAAGCGACGACAUAUGCUCAAGCAAACAGGGUUGGAAAUCUUUUUGCGCAAUGGCGAAAGCUUCUUUUUCAGCUUCCGAAACCAUCACGAUCGCAAUGAAGUGUAUGAUAUGAUGGUGAGCCAGCCGGACCUAAAACAUCUGCAGCAGACAGAGCUGGAAUCGAUGUUGCGGAAGUGGCAGCAGCGCGAGGUAUCGAACUACGACUACCUGUUGUAUCUAAACAAUGCCGCUGGUCGCACGAAGAACGACCUUACGCAGUAUCCCGUGUUUCCAUGGGUCUUGAGCGACUACGAGAGCUCGUCGAUCGACUUGUCGGACCCAGCUGUAUACCGCGAUCUUUCGAAGCCUGUCGGUGCGCUGAACGAAGAACGCCUGGAGUUCUACAAAGCGCGGUAUGAAGCAAUGCCGCACGGCAUGGAAGAUGAGGGAUUGCCUCCGCCGUUUUUGUAUGGAACCCACUACUCCACUCCCGGAUACGUGUUGUAUUAUUUCGUGCGCAUGGCCCCUGGGUAUAUGCUUUGUCUCCAAAACGGCAAGUUUGACGCCCCGGACCGGCUGUUCCAAAGCAUUCCCAGCACUUGGAGCAGUUGCAACACGAAUCAUGCUGAUUUGAAGGAGCUCAUUCCAGCCUUCUUUGACGACUCGGUGCCGCCGACGGAAUGGCUUUGCAAUGGGAGAAAUCUUGAUCUUGGGACGACGCAAAAGCUGACACGGGUUGGGGAUGUCGAGCUUCCCGCGUGGGCAUCCAGUCCAUCCGAGUUCAUCCGUAUAAACCGAGAAGCGCUGGAAAGCGAGCACGUGUCUGAGCACCUUCACGAAUGGAUCGAUCUGAUUUUUGGCUGUAAACAACGAGGAGAGGCCGCGGUUGAGGCAAACAACUUAUUUUACUACCUGUCAUAUGAAGGCUCGGUGGAUCUCGAGACGAUAACGGAUCCCGUGGAAAAGUGCUCACUCGAAGCGCAGAUCCAGGAGUUUGGACAGACGCCGAAAGUUCUGUUUGCUGGAGCUCAUCCAUCGCGAAACGAUGUCGGCAAAGCAGUGGACAUUGCAACGCUUGAUUUGGUGCCGCCCUUGCAAAAGAUUGAUGAACCGGCGAACCGAAGCAACGUGUUGUCAUCAGCAACGGAUAGAACCGACAAGUGUAGUAAAGACGAUAGUGAAGCCGACCAAUUUGGCGAAAGCGAAGAGGCGGAAAACGCAAUGACAGCGAACCGACGGAGUAUGUUCGCAUUCAGGUCCCGCUCGUUUGGCGCAGUGCCUAAGCAGGCCCAACGGUUUGUAGGAGAGCUUACAGCGCAGAUUCGCCGUCGAAUAAGCAUUGAGUCGCCUAAGCGCUGGAAUUGGACAUUUGGCGCAGAAGGCGAUUGUUCGUCAUGGGUGCCGUCGGCACACUACAUGCUUCAUGCUGGCGAGGUCACUUCUCUGGUCCUAGGAAAAGAUGGACGAGCACUUUUCUCCACGUCGAAAGACUCGACGUUCAAAGUCUCUGCGACUCUGGAUGGCACAUUGCGGCGUAACCUGUCCUGCAAUUUGGCCUUGUCAUGCUGUGAUGUAGCGCCGGACGAAAAGUAUGUUUUCGUUGGAUCGUGGGACAGCUGCAUUUAUAUGUACUCCAUGGACGUGGGACGUGUCGUUGACCAGAUCACAGCACACGAUGACGGCGUAUCGGCUCUUUGCGUAUUCGAAGACCGCUUACUCUCCGGUUCCUGGGAUGGCUCGAUCAAGAUGUGGCACUAUACACCGAAAGGAAUUGCACGAGAGCCCUUGUUGACGUUCAUGGAGUGUGAAGACUCGGUCGUGUGUCUAUGCGUAAGCAUGAAUGGGUGCACGGGAGCUGCCGCAACAAGGAAUGGGAUCGUAUAUCUUAUCGACCUGCGCACUUGCGAGCUCAUGCGUAAAUUCUUCGCAAGCUCGACACAGCGCACGGAGAUCUGCGGGCUGACGUUUUGCGGUGGGGGGCCAACUCUUGCGUGCGUAAGCGUGUCAAAUGAGCUCUGUGUUUUCCAGAUGGAUGGCACGCGAAUGGUGACCAUCAACGUUGACUCUGAUGGACCCGUCCGGUGCUUUGACUCGGACGGCGAAUAUGCAGUCGGGGGGACGUCCACGGGCACGCUGCUGUUCUGGAAGCUCGAUGAACCGACUGGCCAUGAACAGAUUUUCGAACUUCCAGGCGCACACGCUCAUGGCGUGUCAGCACUGACCGUCAGCGCAAACGCUUCCACGAUCGUGUCUGCAUCUAGCGACGGAGAAAUCCGGAUCUGGCAAUUGCGUCGGAAGUCUGUUUCUCGUGGCCGUCUCACAGCCUUCUUUUGA